UUUGCGACAACGACGGCGUCGUGCGAGAGCAAGCAAGGUAGGAAGGAGAGCCUCUGUUCGACUCUGUUGCAACGGGUGCGGUCAUCAUCACCUCUUAACGGAGUUUCAUUAGGUGGACAGUGGGAGAGUAUUGCAAACGGGGAGAACGAUGCUUGCGGCAUCAGUAGUCAAGUCAGCCAAGCGAGGAGCCCUCGAUGUUGCACGCCGGUGGGCUGCUGCUGCAUCAGCAGCAUCAGCAGCGACCAAGACAAGGCCGGCAGCUACCUCGAGCGUAUCGAUGACACAAGCCAGGGUGUUCUCUGCGGCUCCCAGCCCUGAAUACCUGAGGCACCGCCCGGUGAUGAAUUUGCACGAGGAGCGUGGCUUCACCAUGUCCACCACCUUCGUCGCACCGUGCGCGUCUGUCGUCGGGAACGUGAGGAUCAUCGACCACUCGUGCGUGUGGUACGGGGCCGUUAUCCGAGGGGACAAGAACAAGGUGAAAAUCGGUGCUCACGUCCACGUGGGUGACAAAGCAGUGAUCAACACGGUGGGACACGUCGACACCGGCUUCUCCGCGGAAGUUGCGAUCGAGUCUUGGGUCGUAAUCGAGCCCGGCGCGGUGCUGACUUCUUGCAUGAUCGGCAACAGGUGCAAGAUCGGUGCCGGUGCCGUGGUCGCCGAAGGCUCGGUCAUGGAAGAGGGGGGACAGAUUGCCGCGGGAACGGUGGUGCCUCCGGGAUGCCUCGUGCCCAAGAACGAGCUGUGGGCGGGCAACCCUGCCAAGUUCGUGCGCAAGCUCAGCGAGGAGGACGUGGCGGAGGUAGAGGCAGAGGCCGAGCGAAGGAGCGCGCUGGGAGAGUUGCACGCCGACGAGUUCAACCCUUACGGCCAGGCGUACGUCCAGGCGGAAGAGGCAUGAUUAGACAGCUUACUUUGUGCAGCGCAGCAAGCGUUUGUUCCUCCUCCCCCUUCAAGGAGGGGAGUGGGAGAAGAGAGGGUUAUAGGUUUCGCCCUCGCCUCCGGUCGAAUGUUCUCGGGCGUUCCCCGUUGAAACGCAGGCACGCGUGUUGGGAUAGUUGCUCAGAAAGAGGAACGUCCUUGAACCACACGCAGACUUGAGGCGAACAAGCGACAUGCUGUUGCUGUCUUGGUCUAGUGCGGGCUGUACGUUUCAGAGAGGAGAGGGAUUGGUGGAGGACCGAACUCGGGCUGUAACUCAUGGGAUAUUUCUGGUUUGCGUGUUUGUGGGAGAACUGUUCGAUAAGGGGAGAUCCGAGCGGCAAACUUUAGCUCCUUGAUUUUGAAUCGCCUGGUUUGAGCUGCAAUGACACUAUAUGUUGGUGCGGUCUGUUGACAUUUGUUUGGCCCGCAGAUCGCAGAGUACAGUAGUGAAGGGAUCUCAGUAACGCCGGUGAAGUUAUGAUGCUCGACACGGCAGUGUUGGUGGAAUAACUCGGUACCGAUGCGUCGAUCUACCUACAAUGUUGCUUGCUGGGAAUUAUGCUGAUGCCCACUGUAGUGUCGUUGAAUUCGGCUUGCACAUCCCGGCACUAGUUUCGCCCUCCCACUUGCCGCGUCAAUCUUCUUUUUGUGUGUGCGGCGGCGAUGUUGGGGAUAGGGGCACCGUUUCCAUUAUCUCUUGAUUGGGAUCUCCAGGGAAUCCGAGGAAUCCGAGCCCCACCAGAUUCCGGGUUACGGCGAGAGGGGACGACAACAGCAGCAGUCUAGUCGUCACGGGGAUAGAUCAACCGAGUUUGUGAUUUUCUUCCCGCAAGACUCAAAGCAGGAGUAGCGCCAAAUGCUUUGUGUAUGAUUCGCUCGUGUGGUAGAGGUUUUUGCGUAUUACGCAGCCCUUACAGCGAGGGCGAGGGAACGUCCGCACCAAGGACGCGAUCGGGAAAGAUCCACAUCAUCCGUACAUGACCGUUGGUCGAGAUUGGAG